AUGUCGAUGCCUCGACUGUGGUUCCGAAUGAUUGUAGCGUCUACGCUUACAGUCUUCCUCAUUUUACUGGCUGCCUCCCACAAUAGCUCACCUGGGUUGCAAACAUGGUAUCAAAGGGCUCUCGACGAAGCUAGUUCGGCCCUGUACUCCGCCCAACUUGGUGGUCAAUCCGCAACCACCAAUCUGGUGGACAUUUUGAACCGCACCCUUGGUUUCCAAGAAGUACAGAUGAUAUCGAUGGUUCACCGAACGGACAAACGAGAUGCUUUCGCAGUUUCGGCUUCCUUAAGCGGUUUCGAUUUCAACAUCACCGAUGGCGUCGAUGGCUCCGCAAUUUCUUCACAGGCCUUACCACACACGAUGGCCCAGAAGCCCUCGGUCUUGGGAUGCUGGCGAGCGCAUUUGAACGUUUGGAGAGACAUGAUCCGCCGCCGCGUUAGCUCCACCAUCAUAUUUGAAGACGAUGCUGACUGGGACGUUGGCCUUCGCGCUCAGAUGAUCGAAUUAGCCAAGGGAGCCAGGUACAGCAUGGACGAGAAGCAGAGUAACCCGAACUCCCCAUAUGGCGAUAACUGGGAUCUACUUUGGAUCGGUCACUGUGGAACGGCACCCGCUCCGUGGACUGAUCGACGCUACGUCAUUCGCAACGACCUAACAGUCACGCCUCCUGAGUCACGAUUCGACGUCGGCAAACCAGACAUGUCAAGAUGGGAAGGUAGCCCAAACACAGACAACAAAACGCGCGUGGUGUUUCCUGCCCUUGGCGGUUGCUGCAGAAUGUCAUACGCGCUCACCCUUCGCGGUGCCCAGAAAGCGGUCUAUCGCUUGAGCAUGCUCCCUUUCAACAGCCCUGGUGAUUGGGGCCUCAACAGCAUGUGCCAGGAUCGAGAUUUGGGAUUCAGAUGCGUGUCCGCCUAUCCUUCGAUCGUGGGACUCUAUCGUGCCCCCGGCAACACGUCACGUGACAGUGAUAUCAACGCGUCCGAGGGUGAAAUAGUUGAACGAGGCCAUUCCGAGCGCCUUGUCUUCUCGACUCGCAUCAACACGCAGAGACUCCUGAAUGGCGAGACCAAGUUCGAAAGCGCUUUCCCAGACGCAACUGGCGCGGAAAUGGAACUGACUGAUAUCGUCCGCGCAUCUGGUACCGAAGUUCAGGUGCCCCUACAAAAGGAUUUUGCUAGCCUCAGCAACGAAGAAUACAGAAACCUACGCUGGGGCCCGGAAGAUGUGCCUCUAACCUGA